GGAAGAGUUGGACCGCCCCUUUGCUGACAUCAGGACAGCCGAGUGCUGGGGACUGUGCGAGAGAGCCGGCAGAGCGACUAGCGACGGCGGACGGAUGGACACGAUCCAGUGAUCACAGUGCCUGUCCAAAAUUGGGGAGCUGAAGGCAGACCAUGUUAGCACUGGCGGCAGGGCUUGGGGUCGCCGCCGGCCUGGGGCUGGGAGCCCUCGGGCUCAGGCGGCUGUGGCAAACCUUCCGAGCAAGUCAAGUUGAGCUGGUCAAAGUGGCUGAAGUUUCCAGACUCUACAUUUACCCCGUCAAAUCCUGCAAGGGCAUCCCCCUGACCGAGGUGGAGAUUGACGAGUUAGGAUUUAAGAAGGGACCCUUGAAGGACAGACAAUGGCUUAUAGUCGAUGAGAAAUGGCAUAUGAUUACUGGUAGAGUGGAGCCUACCUUGGUGCUUGUCACAGUAUCAAGUGAGGGUGGCUAUCUGUGUCUUAAUGCACCAGACAUGGAAGAACUGAGGGUCCCUUUGAAACUACCAAAGUCCAAUCCUGUGAAGACGUGCAGAGUGUGGGGAUGCAAUAUAGAAGGUAGAGAUUGUGGUGAUGAAGCUGCUGAUUGGAUCAGCACCUACUUAAAACAUAGCCGGGCUUUCCGACUUGUGAACUAUGAACCUUCAAUGAAGCCAAGAUUUCCAAAACAGCACGAAUCACUUUUCAGGGAUAAAGAUAAGACUGUGUACAAUGAUCUUAGUUCCUGCAUGAUGAUGUCUGAGGCAACUGUUGAAGAUUUUAACACCAAAUUGGAGAAAAAGGCUAAGAUGGAGACUUUCAGGCCUGUACUGGUAGUGAAGGAUUGCAAGCCAUAUGCCGAGGAUACUUGGAAAGGAGUACAGAUUGGGACUGCAAAGUUGUAUCGUACAAUGUCUUGCACUAGGUGUAUUUUCACAACAGUGGAUCCAGAUACAGGAAUUAUAAACAGGAAAGAACCACUCGAGACUCUCAAGAGAUAUCGCCAGUGUGACCCAGCUGAGAAACAUAUUUACAAGUCCCAGCCCAUUUUUGGUUCGCACUAUGGAAUUGACAAAGCAGGAGUGAUUCGAGUCGGCGACCCUGUGUAUAUGAUUGUUGAAAAGUAGGAGUGCAGAUUGAAAGACUGUUAUAUCUCUUGUAAAAUUAUUACAUGUUUAAUGUAUUUCCUUUUGGUAACACUAGUUUGUAAGAUUCAUAAACUGAAGACUUAAAACCAGAUUUUUCACCUGCAAUCUACCUUACUUGACAGGUAAGGCUUCUUCUUUUAAAAAAAAUUGAAGAUCGAAUUAUAUGAAACAUGUUAUAAAGUUCUAUUGGCAUGAAGUAUUUAAAUCUGCCUUGUAAAAUAUCAAUGCAUAUUGUUGGUAUAUUUUUCAUGAAAAUAAUUUAUUAGAAAUUAUUUUGGAUAUUAGAACUAUUAUUGUGUGUUGCAGAAAGAGAUUUAAUCAAAAACUAAUCCCAAAGUGGAAUCAGAUACUCACAAUGUGAUACUUGUUUAGUCAUUGGAUGGAUAGAUGUAGUGGUUUCAAUGGACGUGCCAGUCAUGUUCUGACAUUGGAUGAAAUCUGCUUGCGUGAGGUUGUUCAAGUCAGAAGCAGAGUCCACCAGAAUAGAGAGGUCUCUUUCUGCAUGGCCAGCCUUGAACAAUCCAUGACCCCCAACAUCCAGCUGUAGGUUGAUUCAUUUUACUCACUCUGGCAUCCCUUGCAGCAGCUAAAUUUCAUACCAACCCCACGCAUUCCCCAAACGUACCAUCAUCAGCUUCGCUAACUGAACACCUUGAGUAUACUCUCACUAACUGAUCACAAUCAACCCCCUAACACUUAAAGUCUGUCCUGUUUAUCCACUACUCCACUUCCCUGCCUCUUUCAAUGACAGACCCCUCCCAAUGCCCAAUAUGUUGUAUAUGGCAAAACAUGUUUUGCUUCCUUCUGACUCAUUCCCUUACCAUCAUUGAGCACCAGCUCAACAUAAGGCUCAGAACAACGUUUAGACUACCUUUAACCAUCUGAAUUUUGAAACAGUUGGUAAAGGCAUAUGUACUGUAUAGUAGCUUUGGUGUGAUGUACUCUACCUUGGAAGAAAGAGCACAAAACAUUGUAGUUACUAUAGGAGUGUUUAUUGCAAAUGGAACACAAGGUGUUAAAGAUCCGUUUGGGGAACUGGCUUAAAGAAUUGACCAAGCACAUUAAAGUGAAGUAACCAAUCAAGCCACUGUCUCCUUAACUUAUUAGGUCAAUGACUGAUCUCAGUCAAUAUCAACUCCACUUCCUAUCAUGGUAAAAAUAAAUUGUUUUUCCAACCCUUUGUGUUGCCUGCUUAUGUGCCAGAAUCCAGAACAGCUGAGAAUGAUUUUGGUAGUAUAACGGAGUAAUGUUUCCAUAAUUUUAAAAGAAGAAGUGAAAAUAGCCAAUGUAAUGAUAUUUAGGACAGUAGAGCCCUUUUGCUGAAUUUAUUACCUAAAGAUGCUCCUUUAUUGCAUGAAGAAACCUGAACUUCUAAUGAUUUUCACAGAGAGUCCAUGUCUGCUGCUGCAGGUGGUUUACAUAGAUUCUUUGCUCCAUCUAUUUUCCCUAAUGGAUAUUGUAUUUUUAAACUGCCAUUCAGUGAUUCCAGCGGUCAGUUAAUUUCAGUAAUUUAUUUUUCCCGAGAGUCAAUGUUGGAUGUACUCACUGACUGUACUCAGGACUAGACAAACAACUCAUGGCAGUGGUUAAUUGGGAAAUAAACCACAUUUUUAAAAUUGAAAUUGCAUAAGCUCUUCGGUUUUUCACUCUCCUGUACCUCUGCUAUUAAUUCCUUCCGGGAUGAGUGUGCUCUUGGUCCUAAUUCCAAAGCUUGUAAAUCAUUUUGUAUAUUUUGUAAUUUGGAGAGAAAGGUAGGAUUGAAUCAAUGCAUGGUUUUAGAAUCGCAUUUAAAUUUUAUAGUACAAUGCAAUAACAGAAAUAAAUUUGGGAAAUACAUGAUACAGAUAUUUUCUUUGAAGAGGUUGUUACGUAGUUAAACAGCUUAGGACAGUGCUGUUAUUUGUGUUCGGUGUUUAGUAACAUACUGCUCUGGUUAAUAGUUUUGGAAAAAAUAUCGUGUUUAGUUUGUGAACACCUUGCUGCUCUGAGCGUAACCUUUCAAGUUCUAAACUUGAUUAUGGAAGCUUAGACACGAAUCCCCAUUCCUAAAGAAAUUCAUGAAUCCAUUUUUAAAUCUACUGGUUCUAUCAAAACUCUACCAUCCAUUAAAAAAGCUCACAUUUCCCCUUUGCUCCUGUUACACUAAGGAAAGAUGUAACUUCAAAAUCACUGAAGUGAUGUUGCCAUAGGUAGCAAUGGUUUAUUUGUUUUUCUUGCCCAAUAUGACAUUUACUGAUUUUAUUAAUGUUCUUCUUACCAAAUUCCCCAGAUCAGUUCCAUGCUGUGUAACCUCAGGAAUACUUAAUGAGAUUGUGUCAUUUACUGCUGUGUUCCUCUGUGCUUUUUAUUAUUUUCAUUACAUUCCUCUGUUUUUGAAGUUCUUUCUGUCUUGUUCCUGGAGCAUUGCAUUCCUUCAGACUGUGCUCUUCACAAAUCUUAAUUGUGUUUUUUUUAACUGUUCUGUUCUGUCCUCAGAACUGGUCCUUGGGUGAAAUUGGUCUUUGAUUGCUGCAGACAAAGAACGAAAAGUAAAAUCAGAUGGCUCGUAAAAUAUAUGCCAUUUAAUUCUUCACUGCUUGGCACUGUUGCCAAAGACCAUUUUAUAUCUAACAACUUUAUGACCACAAACUUCAAAGGAUUCCUAAUUUAACUUCUCUUAUUAUUCCCAAUUCACUACAUCGGAGCCAGUUGAAUAUUGUUUUUCACUUGCAGGUUCCCUUAUUUAUCAUUUUAAAAAAUACACAUGGAAUUCUUUAAUAAUCUCUGAACACAUUAUAACCCGUUAUGUUCCAGUCUCUGCCAAGCAGAAUAAAAUUUUCCACAAUUACAAUUAAGACUAGAGAAUUGACUUGUCUUAUGAUCUCCUGUAUCUGUACAAGUAGGUUGUUUAGUCUGGAAGAAUUUCCUUUUACACAUUUUUUAAGCUGAAGGUCAUCUUUACUGCGGCUGUUCUUGUGACCAUUAUGAGGGAAACUCCACUGAGUAGCACUUUCUCAUAAAAGUCAUGAACAACAGGGUUUAAACUGCUCAAACAGUUCACACUGAGGAGUCAUCUUCUUUUCUGGAUUUUAUCACAGUCUUGAGUGAAGGGAAAGUAGAUGUACCCACUAUCGUAUCUAAUCUAUUAUUCCUUAGUGUCCAGCUGUGGUCUGCUUCAGGAAAGACCUGAAGAUACAUUAGAGCACAAGUUAUCCUGGUCUGUUUCUGUGCAAUUAUUGUCAUAGAGUCAUAGAACACUGUAGCACAGAAACAGGCCUUUUAGCCUGAGCUAUUAAUCUGCCUAGCCCCAUCGAUCUGCACCCUGAUCUUAGCCCUCCAUACCCAUCCCUUCCAUCUACAUAUCCAAAUUUCUCUUAAAUAUUGAAUCAACCCCUCAUGCAUUACUUGUGGUGGCAGCUCAUUCCAUUCUCUCACCAUCACAUGAGUGAAUAAGACAAUAAUUUUAUAUACUUCUAGCAAAUCUCCCCUCAAUCUUCUAUGUUCUAGGGGAUAAAGUAUUAACCUAUUCAACCUUUCCCUGUAACUCAGGUCCUCAGGUUCCGGCAACAUUCUUGCAAAUUUUUUCUGCACUCUUUCAAUCUUAAUUACGUCUUUCCUGUUGGUAGGUGACUAAAAUUGAACACAAUACUCCAAAUUAAGUCUUGUCAAUGUCUUGUACAAUUUCAAUGCAACAUCCCAACAAUUGAACCCAGAUAAUUGAUUUUUGAAGGCCAAUGUGCUAAAAGCUUUCUUUACAAUCCUAUCUAUAUGUGGUGCCACUUGCAAUGAAUUUAUGACUCUGUAUUCCCAGGUCCCUCUAUUCUAUUACACUCUUCAGUACUCACUGUGUAAGACCUUGGCAGUACAAAGUACAACACCUCACACUAGUCUGUAUUAAGUUGUAUUUGCCAUUAUUUAACCCAUUUUUCCAGCUGGUCUAGAUCCCACUGCGAACUUCCAAAAUCUUCCUCACUGUCCAGUACAUUCCCAAUCUUGGUGUCACUCACAGAUUUGCUGAUCCUGUUUACCACAUAUCAUCCAGAUAAUAAUAUAGAUGACAAACAAAAAUGGACCCAGCACCAAUCCCUGUGGCACACCUCUAGCCACAGGCCUUCAGUCAGAGAGGCAAUCACCUACAACGCUCUCAGGCUUCUUCUGCGAAGCCAGUGUCUGAUCCAAUUUACUACCUCAUCUUGAAUUCAAAGGACUGAACUUUCUUGACCAUUCUCCCAUGCAGGAUCAUGUCAUAGGCCUUGCUAAAGUCCAUGUAGACAAUAUCCACUGCCUUGCCUUCAUCAGCUUUCCUGGUAACUUCCUUAAAGAACUCUAUAAGAUUGGUUGGUCAUUACUUACCAUGCACAAAGCCAUGUUGACUAUCCCUAAUCCAUCUCUGUCCAUCCAAAUACUUAUAUAUCUGGUCUCUUAGAAUACCUUCCAAUAACUUUCCCGCUACUGAUGUCAGGCUCACUGGCCUUUAAAUUCCUGGCUUACUCCUAGAGCCUUUCUUAAACAACAGAACAGUGUUAGCUAUCCUCCAGUCCUCUGGCGCCUCACAUGUGGCCAAGUAUCUAUUUUAAGUAUCUCUGCUAGGGCCCCGGUAAUUUUUGCACUAGCCUCACAUAGGGCCCAAGGGAACACAUUGUCAGGCCCUGGGGAUUUAUCCACCAACUUGCUUCAAGACAGCAAGCACCUCCACCUCUGUAAUCUGUAUAGGGGUCAUGACCUUGUUGUUGCAUUGCCUCGUAUCUGAAGGCUUGGUGUCCGUCUCCCCAGAAAGUACAAUGAAAAAAAUCCGUUGAAGAACUCGCCCAUCUCAUCAGCUCCACACAUUGAUUACCAUUCUGAUCUUUAAGAGGACCAAUUUCUACUUGGUCCAAGUAAAAAUGUGGGAACCUCAGCUCCUGUAGGGUUACAUCACUGAAAAGACAAGGUCCAUAUUACUUCUGUCUGGCCAAUGUGAAAAUUUGUUUUAAAAGGAUUUGCAAAUUGUUAAAUAAAAUUGCAUCUUUGACUAAUUAUCAGUCAUUGUAAAAUUAAAUAAUUUGAUAUUCUGCACAAAUCUGCAUCCCGAUGCCACAUGAGACAGUCAUCCAAUUAAUGUAUAUAUUUAAAACAAUGUAAGUGCAUCCAGCUUAUGCUUUUCUGUCCCUCAAAGCUGAUAGAUUGGAAUACAGGCGGGAUGAGCACAGAACCUGACAUCCCGAUUCUAAAUGACUGCAGGCAAAAAUUGAGGGAAAUUUUGUUAUGACAUUUUCUUUUUUCAUUUGUUAAUCUGUUAACUAGUUACAUCUACAAUCCUAAAAUUAUUUUAUGCAAUCAAACUUCAUAGACGUCUCAUUCCUUCAGCACUAGGUCCAUGCGAAAUACAAACGCUCAACGAGCUCUAGUCAACCACAGAAUUUCUAUUUGUCAUUUUGCUCUGCAGUGUAACUACAAUUUAACUACAAUAUCAACAGGACAACAUAAAUUAUUAACUUUGAAGGUUUUGAACCCCUAUCAUACCUUUAUAAUCAUAUGGAUAAAAUAUUUUCAAAUCUUGUGUGGUACUUUUAAAUUGAGAAAUUGUGGAUAGCAUAGAAGACUGGCAAUGAAUACAAUGGGAUAUAGAUCAGUUGCAGGAAUGGAUAGAGGAAAGGCAGAUGGAGGUUAACCCAGCUAAAUGUGAAGUGUUGCACCUUGGUAGGCCAAGUGAAAGAGACAGUACACUGUUAAGGACAAGAUCCUUAACAAUGUUGAAGAGUAGAGGGAUCUUGGGGUCCAAGUUCAUAGCCCCUUGAAAGUGGCUACACAGGUUGAUAGAGUGGUUAAGUAGGGAUAUGGCAUGAUUUAUUAGUCAAGGCAUUGAGUUCAAAUGUCAAGAAGUUAUAUUGUAGCUUUAUAAAACUCCAGUUCGGCUACAUCUGGAGUAUUCCAUAUAGUUCUGGUCAUGAUGUCAAGGCUUUAGAGAGGAUGCUGAAGUUUUACCAGGAUUAGAGGCAUGUACUAUAAUGAAAGGCUGAACAAACUUGGAUUGUUUUCUUUGGAGUGACAGAGGCUGAGGGGAGAUCUGGUAAAGGUUUAUAAGGUUAUGAGAGCUAGAGUAGGCAGACAAUAUCAUUUUCCAAGGGCUGAAAUAUCUAAUAUAAGAUGGCAUGCAUUUAAGUUGAGAUGGGGGCAAUUCCAAAGGAGAUGUGAAGGGCAAGUUUUUUUUUAAAGCACAGAGCUGUGGGUGCCUGGAAUGCACUGCUUUGGGGUGGUGGUAAGAGGCAGAGACAUUAAAGACUUUUAAGGGAUGUUUAGAUAGGCACAUGAAUAUGAAGAAAAUGGAAGGAUAUGGACACUGUGUAGGCAGAAGAGAUUAGUUUAGCUGGCCUUUUGAUUACUAACUUAAUUGGUUUGGCACAACAUUGUGGGCCAAGGAACCUAUUCCUGUGCUCUAUGUUUUACAUGGAGAUGGAAAGCAGUGGAACAUCGUGAUUAGUGUGGACUGUUCUGAGGGAUGUUACAGAGACUGCAGUUUCAUUAUAUAUAGUAUUGCUAUGAGAUCUUGCGUGGAUCUCAGCUUUAGCAUAUUACAGUAUAAAACACAAAUAUAACCCAUCUUAAUCUAAUUUUAUUUUUCUUAUUGAUGCAUAGCCAGACUGAAUUGCUCUAUAUUAUACUAUAAAGUUACCUAGAAUCUCUUAUCUUAGCAUGUUCCAAUGUAAUGCGAUAUACUUUAUCAAGUCCCAUUAUAGCGGUGCUGUACUGUAGAAUAUUACAGCAUUGCAGUGUACAGCUGGAUGUGACUCAUAACUGAAUUUUAUCUUACUGUAAAUCAAUGUGUAAUUGCUAGACAUUAUGAUGUGGGACUGUAUGCUAUGAAAAAUUGUUUAACUAUUCUGUAAGGCAUACAGCUAUUAGUUCCAUCUGUGGCUCAGUUAGUAGCACUGUCACCUCUGAGGUUGAAGGUUAUGUGUUCAGGUCUCACUCCAGAGAACUGAACACAAAAUAACUAUGCUGAUUUGCCAGAGGAGUGCACAGGAAGUGCUGUACUGAAGGAGGUGCUGUCUGACUGAUGAAAUAUUAAACUGAGGCCAUGUCUGCUUUAUCAUCUGCACAUAAAAAUCCCAUUAUUUUAAAUUGAAAUAGAGAAGAGAAAUAUAUUUACAGUACUCAGCAUUAUUAAAACAGAUUAUUUGGCCUAAAUGACUUGUUGGAGCAUGGUGUCUGCAAAUAAGCUUUCAUGUUUCCUACAUUACAACAGUAACCAUACUUUAAAAGCCUUUAAUUGAUGAAAAGUGCUUUGGGAUGUUUUGCAAUGGAUGUGAAAGGCUGCAAUUGUGAAUCUGUUUUGAAUGGUAUUUGCUGUUGAUUUUGAGAAUUAUGUUAAAGCUAUUAAUAUUAAUAUAAUAACAAUGAAGACAUGAAAAGCAAAGUUUUCUGACAAGAAAGGUAGCAUUAUCUGCAAAAGCAAUCUGCAGAUUGUAAUAUUUUUAGUAAAAACAAGCAGUUUUUCAGAUGUCAAGUUUUAAAACACUGUAGAGGACACUGAAUAAUAGUAAGAUGAUGCUUUUUAUUAUCUAUAAUCUACCCUCAUUAGUAAAUACCAUUUAUUCUAUAACUGUACAUGUACAUCUAGUUUCUUGUGACACUGCUUGGUUCCUAGCACAUUUCUCCACAAGCCUUUAUUAAAUUUCUAGUUUCAAAUAAAAAUGUUGCUGAUGUGUCUGGUUUCUAUUUUUAAAUACUUUAAGUGUAAUAGAUUUGAAAAGAAUUAGGUUGUGUUUUUAUGCUAUAUGAGAAAUAAAAACCAAAGUUGUGUGGCUCACUGAAAUCAUGAGAGUUUGUAGAUCUCAUUGUUAUUGAAUAAGCAAGCAGCAUUAAAAAUAAAUUGUAUUUAUAUGAUCAUAAAGGUUCCAUUGCUUUUUAUCCAACUCCACUAUUUAUUCCAAACUUUACAUUAAGCCCCUUAGUAU